CCUCUGCUUCCAUCUGCUCCAGAAAAACCCUAAUCAGCUUGUCGUCUCCAAAAAAUUCAGAACCAAGAAACAUCUCUGAGGUACAAUCUUGUCUCGUGAAUCUCUUAAUCAGCUUUGUUACUUUUGUUUUCUCUUGUCGUCAGCUCUAACUUUAAUUAUCUACACAGGUAUUAAAAAAAGAUGUAUCUUCAGUGCUAUAUCAACGAGAAGGGUGACAAGGUUUACACCACUAAGAAGGAAUCACCACUAGGUCUAGCCACUGAAUCGGCCCAUCCAGCCCGGUUCUCCCCUGAUGAUAAAUACUCAAAGCAGAGAGUAUUGUUGAAGAAGCGAUUUGGUCUCUUACCAACCCAGAACGCACCUGUCAAGUACUGAUGAAAGCUAAGAAGCAAAUUACUUGCUUUGUGUUGGUUUUGAUGUUCUUUUUAAUUGCUAUGUUGUCUCUUAAUGAAAUGUCGACUUAAAC